GUAGCCGUGGAGACAGUUACUUACCAACGGGCGCAACACUCAGCAACAGCAGCAGCAGCAGCAUCUGGAAGUCACCGAGUGAGUUGGAGAGAGGGAAAGAGAGCAGAACUUUUCUCAAGGCAAAGCAUGCAGAACUCAGAAGCAGCAUCAGACUCCCCCACUGGUGUGGCAACACUACGGACAUCAUCAUCAGCCCAGGCUCCGGUGGUACAGCCUGUCCCAGCCUCCCAGCAGAGGGUGCUGGUUCAAGCCACAGGCUCAGCUCAGAAAGGAGGACAAGUAUCAGUAUCCAGGGUCCCCCAGCAGCAGGUGCAACAUGUCUACCCGACUCAAGUACAAUAUGUAGGAGAAAGUGGAGAAGCAGUUUAUACCAACGGAACUAUCCGAACGGCCUACUCCUACAACCCUGACUCCCAGCUGUACGGACAGGGCAGCGGGGGGGCAUACUUUGACUCUCAGGCCGGAGGAACCCACGUCACCACGGUGGUGUCCUCCGCCAGCAGUGGCGUGCCGCCUCACGGCAUGGUGGGCAUUGCCAUGGACGUGGGCAGCAGCCACAUCAUUUCCAGCGGCAGCACCUACCUGCUGCACAGCGGCGGCAUGGAGGGGAACCGCAGCCACAUCUCUCACUCGUCUCGCUCCUCCUCCGCCAUGCUUGAAAUGGCGAUUGAAAACCUCCAAAAGUCUGAAGGAAUUGCAAGUCACAAAAGCAGCCUGCUCAACAGCCAUCUUCAGUGGCUGCUGGACAACUAUGAGACGGCGGAGGGAGUGAGCCUGCCCCGGUGUUCCCUCUACAACCAUUACCUCAGACACUGCCAGGAGCAGAAACUGGAUCCGGUUAACGCAGCGUCCUUCGGGAAGCUCAUCCGCUCCGUCUUUAUGGGCCUAAGGACGCGGCGCCUCGGCACCAGAGGCAACUCCAAGUACCAUUACUAUGGCAUCCGGGUGAAGCCAGAUUCUCCCCUGAACCGGCUGCAGGAGGACACCCAGUACAUGGCGAUGCGGCAGCAGCCUGUCCACCAGAAACAGAGGUUUAAGCCUCUGCAGAAGGUGGACAGCAUGUCUGACAGUCUGUGUGGAAGCUCUCAGCACUGCAGCAGCACCACAGAGCAGUCGGUGGCGGCUCAAACCCAACAGCACCAGCAGUACAUCGACACAUCUCACUCCUUACCUCCGUUUCCUUCUCCGGACCUGGGCACGCAACCUCUUCCUGAGCGCAUCAGCAUGACUGAUAUUAAGAAGCUGCAGACGCUCUACAGAAGCCACUGUGAGGCUACUUUGGAUGUGGUGAUGAAUCUGCAGUUCCACUAUGUGGAGAAUUUCUGGCAGAACUUUUGGAAUGCAACAGCGCCAUCUAGUGACGGGAGCACAACCAUCCCCAGCAGUGAUGAUGAACUGGAGCGAGUGAUUCCCAGGGAGAAGCUGGUAUCUCUGUGCAAAUAUGAACCAGUCCGGCUAUGGAUGAGGAGCUGUGACCACAUCCUGUACCAGGCCCUGGUGGAGAUCCUCAUCCCCGAUGUGCUGCGCCCUGUUCCCAGCACUCUCACUCAGGCCAUCAGAAACUUCGCCAAGAGUCUGGAGGGUUGGCUGACGACCGCCAUGACCAGCUUCCCACAAGAGAUCGUUCGCACCAAGGUGGCGGUGGUCAGUGCGUUCGCCCAGACUCUGAGGCGUUACACCAGUCUGAACCACCUGGCCCAGGCGGCCCGCGCCGUUCUGCAGAACACCUCCCAGAUCAACCAGAUGCUCUCUGACCUCAACAGGGUGGACUUCGCCAACGUACAGGAGCAGGCGUCGUGGGUCUGCCAGUGUGACGAGGGCGUGGUCCAGCGUCUGGAGCAGGACUUCAAGGUGACCCUGCAGCAGCAGAGCUCCCUGGACCAGUGGGCCACCUGGCUGGACAACGUGGUUUCUCAGGUCCUGAAGCCUCACCAGGGGAGCCCCAGCUUCCCCAAAGCCGCCCGCCAGUUCCUGCUCAAGUGGUCCUUCUACAGCUCCAUGGUGAUCAGAGAUCUGACUCUGCGCAGCGCCGCCAGCUUCGGCUCAUUCCAUCUGAUCCGCCUGCUUUACGACGAGUACAUGUUCUACCUGGUGGAGCAUCGCGUUGCCCAGGCAACCGGAGAAACUCCCAUAGCUGUGAUGGGAGAGUUCAGCGACCUGAGCUCCAUGAUGCCGUCGCUCCUGGAGAAGGAUGCGUCGUUCUCAGACGAGAUGAGCAACCUGGACGGCGACGGCGCUCCGGCCGAGCCGGCGGUGAAGAGGGAGAGGAUUGAAAUAGGCCACCCUCUGCAGGAAAUGUGAGUCCGGUCUGAACGGACCGGAAGCAGCAGAACGAGUGCAAUGUAAAUAGAGAAGAGUGCAGAAGUAGUAAAGUGUUUAUAAAGACGGUGUACCUCCCCACCCACACACACAGUUUUAUAUGUUGUCGUUUCACAGGGGUGUAACAGAUCUCGUCGUUUUCUGUUUUUAUUGGGACUGUGAAUUUCUUCUGCGCAGUAGCUUCUCAUGUUGGAUGUUUAACCUCUAAACGGUGGCGUUUUUGUGCUCCAUCUGUUUUUGCUUUUAUCAUUUUUUCUUUAAAUCCGAGUUUGUUGUGCCAUAGUGUCCUUUGAGUGCCUUAGAUUAACUUUGAAAUCGUUGCUACGGAUGUUGCCCUGUCCCUCAGCUGUGCCUCAACCGCAGUAUGAAUGUACCGUCUUCAAACCUCAGAACGCUCAGAGCGCCUUCGCCCUCCCUGAUGCCUCUGCUGCACCUCGUAGCAAACACACCGUAAAAAAACAAUAAUACAAAAAGAAAUGGGUCAGAGGAAGUAAGAACAUGCAGCCCAGGAACCCAAGGACUUUCCCAUUUGUUUUCCAGCUCAGCUGAGGGUUUGGAGCAGGAAAAGCUGGAUUUUUACCUCAAUGUCUCUGCUCUGUUCCCCAGAUGGUUCAACAAAGUCUGUUGAGAUGCUCAGAGCCUUGCAAAAGUUUUCACUUUGUUCCUCAUUUAUUAGAUGGGAGGAAUCUGAAAACAUUGGUGGGGGUCUUUGUAUUCAGUCCCCUGAUUUAUCUACCAGUUUUACUCGUCCGAAGACUGAAAAUUAAAGUCCAGAUUUUCUCAGAAUGAUUUAAAUAUGAAUAUAUUUAGAGCCAAACCAAAGGUGACCAACACGCGCGUUGAAAUUGGACUUUCUCAAGGUCAAACGUGUGGAUCACAUGACUAAUUCUUUCUUUGCUCCGAUGUUCAAGUCCUGGUAGGUUUCAGGUUGUCAGAAAACAGCUGAAUUUAUGCUGAUUAGUUUCCACAUUCAUUAAAACGUAACUGGAUUAAAGUCGCUGGACUUUAUUGAGUUGCUGAAUACAAAUCCAUGCCGCACUUUUCAGAUGUUUAUUUGUGAAAAAACAAAAUAUGUAUAUGUUUCUGUUUUCUUAAGUACGAUAAUGAUAAAGGAUGUGACGAGUUUUGCAAGGGACUGUGUCUGUAACUCACUCUGGAGUUGGAAAUAUUCCAGAUUAAUCAACAGAAGGGAGGCAGGAUGUUAAACAAUCCAUGUUGACAAAACAUGGAGCGGAGCCGGUUUAGAGACUGCAGAACCUUUAACCUCACGCUGUGGCUCCGUUGAUGUCUUCUGUUCUGUUCCAAUAGGGAAUACAACGCGUCGUUUCAGAAAACGUAAUGAAUAUGUUUAUAUGAUGUAGGAAAUGCCUCGUCUCUCUGAUGCCGUUGCGUCAGAAGGAAAUGCUUUGCUGUGUAGCUGAAUGAGACGACUCUGUUCCCAAUCUGAUGUUAAAUGUGUGAAACGGUUUAUUACUGCAGCGCCGCAGUAAACUAAGAUGUCUGGAAACAAAAACAAACAAAAAAAAAAAUCCUAUUUAUGAGCUAGUCUGAAUUGAUGGAACUUUUGUGUUGAAAUUAUUUUUUAUUUUCCCUCAGAUGAUUUUGUUGUAGCAACAAGAGUCUUAAGUUAUUUAAGGCUUUUAGUAACUCGUGCCUGUCACAGUAAUUUGCCUUAAAGUGCUUUGGAGGAAAAUUAUUUCUAUGUGUACUUUGUAACGUUUUGUAAAGCUGUUAGAUUAUUUUUUAUUGAACUAGUUUCUUCUCACAAGUAUACUGAAUUUAUUGUGUAUUUUUAAACCUGUUCUUGACUCCACUUUAACUAGCCUAAGGACAGAUGAUUGUCUGUAAUAAACUGCAUAGUUUCACUGUAUUUUGUACUUGGUCACAAAGUGUAAUAAAUUGUUGUAAACCCAAA